GACAACCCUAAUCCCAAAAGCGACGAGGGUCUGUUUGUCGAGGAAUCAACAAAUCGACUUCGAUGGUCAGUCCCGGAUCCACCCAUGGCAGCACAGAUUGUCGAACUGGACAACACGGGCAGUCCUCGGUGGCGGCCUCUGCUCGGUGCGCCAAACCAUGCGCUCGCUGAAGAACCUGUCAGCCAACCGCCACGUUCCCGCAUGCUCGUCGCUUUUGACGUCUUGUAUGGGGCAGAUUAUUGGAUUGAUGCCGAUACACUGGAUGAACGGCCCGCACCCCUGGUGAUUCAAAAUGCA